CACCCUCUCCAUAUGUGGCUAACCCAGUGUUUGCACUAUUUUGUAUGGAAGAUUGCCCAAGGCACAGCAAGGCACCUGUUGGCCUCUGGGAAGGACUUUUGUAAACUGCAGCACCUCUGCCUGAACAGCUCCGAGAGAGAGCUACGCAGCAGUGCCAGGGUCUUGGCGGAAAAGUAUCCAGGCAUCCACCAUGGGAAACACAAUGUCCAUGCAAAGGGAACCUGAAGAUGAUGAACCUGUUUACAUAACAGCAUAUUCAAAGGUUUCAUCUGAACCUCCUGACAACCUUAAGAAUGGACCUGUCACAAUCCCGACUGUACAGACUGUUCCUUCUGCAAAUGGUGAUGCAGUGGAUGCAAGAGUGAGUGUUGUCCAGGAUAAUGUGGCCGUUUCUUCCCAGAAGACAAUGGAGCUCAGCUCCAGCUCCGAGGCCAGUGGAAAUAAUAUUGGGAAGGAGGCCAAGGCGGCCCCACCAGCUGCCAAAUCUCGUUUUGUCUUUGCAUUUUCACGGCCUGUACCAGGACGUACCGAAGAGAAAGCAGCAAAUGCAUCGGCUGGAUCGGCUCAGCUUGAUGUCAGCUCAGAAGCACCCCAAGCGAACAAAGCCUUGAGUGAGAAUGUGGACCUUCCUGCUGCAGCUGCGACAGAGGAAGCGUCAGAUAAAAACCUAAGGGAAGAAUCUCUCAGUGAAAUCGAACUCACGGCACCGGGGAAGGCAGAGGAGGAGGAUGCCGCUUUGUCCAAGCCCAAAGAGUUAAGCUUUUUUGACAGACUCUUCAAAGUGGAAAGGGGGAAAGACAAGAUCAAAGCACAAGACCAAAGCCAAGGGGAGGUGAAGGAAGAGAAUCCAGGUGUCAUCAUCACAGCAGAAGGAACUGCAGGAUUACAAAGCACGCCAGAGAAUGUCUUGCAGGGGAAGGACGUAAUAGAUGAGUGCAAUCAAAACACUCUGCAGCCGGAUUCAGCAGGUGGCAAUUGCUUGGCUGCUGAGGAUCUUGCUCAAGGAGACCUAAAGCCAGAGAAAGUUAAGACAGCAGCUGGGACAGACUAUAACAACUCUGACUCUGUCAUCAUGAGUUUCUUUAAAACCUUGGUAUCUCCAAGCAAAGCAGAUUCCAAGGGUGACACUGAGGACAAGGGAUCUCAAACAGGCCUUGGCGGGCAGCUUUCUGAGAAGACGGCGGCCGAUUCCCAUGUGAAAGGCACCAAGAAAAAGAAGCCAGACAGCCCCAGAUUAGGACACAGUACAUUUAGCAAACUGUUUAGGCAUAAGGCAAAGAAAGAUCCCCAGCAGGCAGAAAAUACCAAAAUUGUUGAGCAGCCUGUAAUCACUGCUACCGUGACAUCAGAAACAAACGUCACUCCACCACAGGAGAGUCCAGCCACAAAGCAGAACACCAGGGCUCCUGACCCUCCCAUGCCACAACCAGCCACAGCGACAGUGGUUGUCACCAACGAAACCCCAAAAGAAAUAAUAAUAACAAAGGAGCGCUCUUCUUCUACUCCUACACCCCUAAGUAAAUUCUUUCGGAAAAAGACUCCAACAGAUGACAUAGAGGUGAUAAACACGGAGAGGAUCGAAGCGUCUCCCCAAGCCCCAGCUAAAGUCGAAAGCAGAAGUCAGGAAGUAGCAGAAGUAAAGUCCAAAGGAGAUGAGAAGCCCAGCAAAACUAAGGAUCUGAGGAAAUUAUUUAAAUUGCCAGUCAGAGGUGAUGCAGUGGUAGUUGCUCCAGAAGAGGUAAAUGGGCAAGCCCCUGAUGCCCAAACACUGGACUUCAAAGACAGGCCCUUGACCCAGGCUGAGAACAGAGAACCUGUGGCCGAGAGGAGCCAAGAGAGUUCAACAGAGAACCAGCAAGGAAACAAACAGGAAGCCAAAGACCAGCCAGACUCCACAGAGCAACAAACAGCCGAGACAGACUCCCUUCAGAAUGGAGGGGAAGCUGCGAAGGAAAACACUCCGAAGAGGAUAGAGAAGAGACAGUCAUUCGGAGGGUUUUUUAAGGGCCUUAGCCCCAAACGGAUGUCCGAUGCCGAAGUACAAACAGAUCCAGUAUCAAUUGUGCCUUUUGUGAAACCCAAGUAGUGAAUACACCGAACCAAAUGACGGAUUGUUGGAUCUCCGCCAUCAUUUCCCCCCCACCCAUGCAGCGUAAAAAAAGAAGACUUGCUUUGGUUCAUUUCUCUUCCCUUCUACCCCCUUGCUUCAUAUGGCUGUUGCCAAACAUUAGCUGUGCCAGGCUCAAGCAAAGACUGGUGUGCAACGCGUUCUGAAUUUCUUCAGAAAGUUUUCUUCAAAUAGGCUAACUUUAAAGGUCACAGAAAAGCAAUGGAGAAACUCUUAGAGCUGAGGACAGCUUAGCUGCUGAGAAGGUUAAUGGGGAAGGAAAAGACGAGAGUUGUGUCAAGUAUGGUGCAAGGAGUAGGGAGAGCGAUAUUGACUAUGGCCACCAACAUAAAGAUCUUCACCGCAUAAAAGCUCCCCAUUGUUAGGGCAAAGCCAGAUGUUACUUUAAUAGCUCUAUUAUCAACCACAUCUGUGUAUGUGUGCAUUUUAAAAUUAAAUACCAGGGGCAUGUGGGGAGGGGAGGUUUAUCCCCCCUCCCCAGCUACGAUGCUGAUUAAAGUUAACCAAAGGGAGCGUCUUCUCCCACUCUGUCAAAUCUAAUUGCUGUUGGUGGAGGGCAAUUUUUGUCAGGAUUGCAUCUGGGAAGAGAAUUGUUAAGGCUCCCCUUUCCUUCAUGCUGCAGUCCCUAUGAAAAUUGGGGAGGCGGGGCAAGCAUGCGCCUGGUCUUGAGUUUUACAAAACAAGAUGUGGCUGCUAAUUACAGCAUUAAAAUAGCGCUUGGCUUCGACCUGAAAUGGAGACUUCUGCUCCCACAUCUGGCCCUGUCAUGCUAUCUUAUGGCAGGGUCCCCCCAUGCUCUUGUCUCUGGGCAGCCUCCCUGAACCAAAAACAGAUGUCUCUGAUGACCAGAUCUUAAAGUGCAUGCCUUUGGCCAGGGCUGAGCCCAGCACAUUAAUCCACUUCACAUCCCCUGCAAGGGGAAAGCAAAAUUAUGAGAGUCUCUUAUUACCCCCAGCUGCAAUAAAGAUGUUGGCCAGCUGAUUAGAGCUGCCAAAUUGAGUGCACCCAGUUAGCAUAUUCAUAAUUUGUAUCUUCAUUGCUUUAUUUUUUUUUACACAAUAUGCAGAUUGUGUUUCCCUGGUUUGCGGUCUGAUCACAGCCCUAACCGUGCCUUAUCCCAAGCCUGUAUUCCAAGCUCUCCCUGCAUGUUUACCUAUGAUAAGGUCUACUUGUAUGUGUACCUAUGUGACCUGUGCAGAUGUCUACUUGUUAAUCUUUACAGUGCACCACACAAUUUUAAUCUGGACUGGUUAGAGUAACUGUGAGCACGCAGCUGUGUUGCAGCCAAGAGGUAUAGAAUCCUUCCUUGUCAUAAGCAUGGAUAAUAGUGAAGACUAAUUGGUUAGGGAGAUGGUGUUCAAAGCACAAAGUUUGUGUUAGUCAGCAAAACUGCAACCUGAAGAUUCAGAUUUUCCCACUUGCCUAUCUCUGAACAUGGGGAAGUUAUCUUACACUGUGUGAGACCAUUGGUCCAUCUAGCUCAGCACUGCCUCCUCUAAAUGGUCGCAGCCCUCCAAGAUCUCAGGUCUUUCCCAUCCCAAUAUGUGAGACUGAAUCUGUCACCUACAAUAUUGCAAAGUACAGGGGUACCUCGCAAGACGAAUGCCCUGCAAGACGAAUUUUUCGCAAGACGAAUGUGCCUUGCGAUCUGAUGGUGACUCGCAAGACGAAUUCGUUUUGCAAAAAAAUUCAUAUUGUGAAUCGCGGUUUCCCAUAGGAAUGCAUUGAAAUUUAAUUAAUGCGUUCCUAUGGAAAAAAAGAAAUUUCAAUGCAUUCCUAUGGGAAACCGCGAUUCGCAAGACGAAUGUUUCGCAAAAUGAAUUGACUCGCGGAACGAAUUAAAUUCGUCUUGCGAGGCACCACUGUAUGAGUUCUCUCACUGUGCUGUUGUUCCUUUCGAUUGCCUGUGGCUACUCUAGGAAUCAAAAUAGUUUCAGUUGGGAUUUUUGUAGAUGUAUGGUCAGGUGAGACAGACCCCCUACAGAGAGGAGGCACUCUUCUUACACCUCUCUGUAACCUGGUGCAGAUAUAAUGGGCAUGGUUAGCAUUUGUUGCCAACCCCGGUUCUAUCCUUUGCAGUGAAGAGAUCUAGUUUUCCUAGUUAUGCUCUAUAACCAGAGAAUAGCUCAGUUCAGUUCAUCAUUCUCAGCUUCAUAAAUGUGUGGUUUCAUAACCUGUGUCUUAUGAAGCCUGAAACAAUUGUCCAAUAUAUAUAGGGAGAACUUGUUGCCUUAACUGUGGUUUGCUCAUUACAGAUGCAGUACAUAACCACAGCUAAUGCAAACUAUGGUUUGCAAACACACUUCAGUCCAUAGUUUCCCACCCUAUUUUCCAGGCAACUAUUAAUGAUAAUCUAAUUAAUCAGAUGCAGUGCUUAACUAUGGUUAAGAAAACAAACCACAGUUAAGUGUUAUGUCUGCGUAGGCUAAUGUGGAAGAUGGAAUGGUUAUUCUAACAAACAAGGUAAGAAAACAUUCUAAGCCUGCAAUUCUAAGCAAAAUACAAUUACUCAGAAGUAAGAUUUAUUGAACAGUAAACAUUGCAUAGGAUUGCAUAGUGUAAUAAAGGUCCUGUUAAAAAUAAUUAUAGUUAGAUGGAGGCAUAGCUGCCAAGUUUUCCCUUUUCUCGCGAGGAAGCCUAUUCAGCAUAAUGGAAUUUCCCUUAAAAAAAAGGGAUAACUUGGCAGCUAUGGGUGGAGGUGAUAAGAAGGAUUCUGUUUUUGUGGCAAAAUUAUGUGGGGGUGGAAGAAUAAGUAUAAAGCUUUUAAAAUCAUCAUUUGAUAAAUUGAACAUUGACAAGAUGUUGUUGUUGUUGGGUUUUUUUAAAAAAAGUUUGUGGUUACAAGCGCCAAGGUCAUAUAACUCAACUUUUAAGAGUGUGCUUCAAAUUGAUUCCCAAGUUAUUAAUAUUGAAAAGGCUGAAAUGUACAGGACAUCUAACUCAUUCUCAUUUAUUUUCUUCCUUGAUGUAAUAAAAUGGGGGGAAAUUAGCUUUUGAAAAGAAAGUGAUUAAAGUAUUAACAAAAAUGCAGCACAAUGGAGCCCUUUAUAUCACUAACUCAAAGGAUGUAUUUACUUUUGAUAUUAAUUUUUUUCUUAUCAUUAAAGGAAGAAAAACACUUCAGUUUUACAGAAACGUCUUUUAGUUUAUGCCUGUAACUAAACUUAAUUCCUUAAACGAAAACUAUACCAGAUUAUAAGACUGAACAAAAUUUUGCCUGCUUCAAAAAGAUCAUAUGAGAUGCAAGUUUAAUAGCGUUCAUGGAAAAUUCAGAUAUGUGUGUUAUUGUAAAAGCAAGGAAGAAUAAGACUAAUGAUAUAAACUAGCACCUGAAUUCUAAAUAGUUGUAUAUUUUGAUUUCCUUCUGAUUCAAUAAACAUUCCUGAAGAAAACUCAUUUGCAUUUUUAGUGUUUCAACUGAAAGUCAUCAUUCAUGGUCUCAGUUAUUUUAAAUCUGAUAUGGAGUUGAUGGAAGAAGAUGAUUAUACAAUAUUAUUUUAAAAGUGAAUGGAUGUGUUCCUGGGGACUAA